CAGGCAAAGGGCUGAUGGGAGCAGCGCAGGCACGCACAUGACCUGUCACAGCCUCUGACCCUGUGAGAUCUAUUACCGGCAGUGACAAGAGCAGCAGACUCUCCGGCUUCACACCGCAGCACUGAUCAGCUUCAGGAAGAUGAGAUGACAACGGAAGUAUUUUUUAAAGCUGUGAAGCAUGACAGGAGAAGGAACUUGGCAAUUUCAAAUUAAACAGUAUAAAAAGAAAACUAAUCACUCUGCAGCCUACCCCUGUGAUGCACAUGGAUCGCUCCACCAAGCUGAAGGUACAACUGCAGGAGCAGCAGGUGCACAAGUAGAGAUCAGUGUGAGGAAUGUAUCAUGGAUGUGCCAAAUUGUCUUCAGAUGACAGCAAAAUUGGCUUUGGCUAUAGCCAUUAUUAGAAAUAAACCAGAAGGAAAGAGUAGCAGGCAGUACACUGAAGAACUGGCUAAAAGAGUGUCUGAUCAGGAGGUGUGGAAGGCGAAGGUGACUGCACUUGAAGCCGAAGUUCUACAUUUGCAACAAGAACUACUUUUACACAAGAUUCACAACACCCCUAUAUUAGAAAAUGAAAACAUUAGUUUGACACCAGACCUGCAAGAACCAAGAGGGAAUCUGGAACCAAUGAACCUAUUACAAGAUGAUUCAGGAUGUGAUAUUUCUAAUGAAGAUGGGGUGGAUGCAUUGACAGCAUCUCAGAGUUCUAACAACUGUGACCAAACGUGCAGAAAUCUGUCACAUUCCUCAACUCCCUUAAAUCAUCUUCCAAUUAUAAAAAGCUUUUCAUUUGGUGAGGAACAGCUGUCUAGCCAGAUACACUUUCUUAAUCAUCUUCUUGGUCUUGGAAAACUGACAGCAGCACAAAGCUAUGUAACAGAUUUCACAAAGUUUGGGAAUGACUGCACUGUGGUAACCGAUUCAGUGUCUGGAUUAUUGAAUGGCUUAGUUAGCUUUUAUAAAACUCCUAAACCAUCUGUUUUAAGAGUUCAAACGGAAGCCUUCAAAACUAUAACAAAUCUCCUAACUAACUCACAUUUGCCCAAAAAUAUUCUCCAAGAGUGCUUGAAGAGUUUAGAAGAUUUUGAAAGGCAACUAAUCCAGAGCGUUUUAACAAAUGAAAGCAUAAACAGGUUUCAGAUGCAGCAGUACAAAGUGGAUAGUCUACACCAGCUGGGAAAAUGUCAUAUGUUGCGGGGGCCGUUAAUAAAUCUACUCUUUUCAGAAGUAAAAAACUGUGUGGGUGAUCUUCUCCAGCCACAGCACAGUUCGGCUCUCCAAUCGUGUGCCUCCUUGGUGGAUCCGGCUCUGAGACCUCUUGGGUCCAGGCCAAAUACAAUAUUACUAAAUAUGAGAAUAUGUCUUUGCUAUGUACAUUGCUGGAAAAUCUUCUGCAGCGUAGAAAAGAAGAUGAAGAAGGAUUGCAUUGUAAAGUUUUGGACAGUGAAACAAAAUUGUUUGUGCAGAACCUUGACCAUACAGUACUCCAGAUUUCAGAUGGAUUUCCAUUGCUCAGCCUAAUCUUAUGGAGAUUAGGAACUUUAGUUUCAUACAUAGAAAAUUGAUGGGUUUUUCUAUUACCAAAAACUUACAUCUAUAAAAAUGAAAAAACUGUUGAUUUUAUUUCAAUUAUUAUCUUACUGUUUCCUGUAAUAAAUUUUAAACUAU